AUGCGAUUGAGUACGAUUGAUGGGAAAGGAGAUGAUGAAGAGCUAGAUGAUCGACCACGUUGGGAUAAUAAAGUCCAAUUUUUAUUGGCUACUAUUGGCUUUGCCGUCGGUCUAGGAAAUGUUUGGAGGUUUCCUUACCUGGUACAGAAGAACGGCGGAGGUGCUUUCCUCAUUCCGUACUUCAUUAUGUUGAUCAUCGAGGGAAUACCUAUUUUUCACUUGGAGUUGGCUAUUGGUCAAAGACUACGCAAAGGUCCUGUCGGCUCCUGGAAGAUUAUUUCUCCAAAAUGGAAAGGUGUUGGAAUAGCUGGCUUAAUGGUAUCUAUUGUGGCCGCGUCCUAUUAUAUCAUCAUCAUUGCGUACUGCUUAUUCUAUUUAUUUAGUUCUUUCCAAGCAGUUUUACCGUGGAGCCGCUGUCCCACGUAUGCUUCACCUGAUCCCCUAUCGAAUAUUACACUUCCUAUUCGAGAAUGUGCAAAAAGUAGCCCUGUUGUAUACUUUUUCUUCCGUGAAGUAAACGAUAUUUCCAACAACAUUAAUACCAGUGGUGGUUUAUACUGGAAAUUAACUUUAUGCAUGCUAGGUGGUUGGGCUAUAAGUUACUUGAGUAUCCUAAAGGGUAUCAAAUCAUCUGGAAAGGUUGUAUACUUUACUGCAACAUUUCCGUAUUUGGUAUUAUUCAUUUUUAUGAUUCGUGGAUUUACAUUGCAUGGAUUUGGAAAUGGCUUAUUGCAUUUAGUAACGCCUAAUGUAAGUUUCCUGCGAGACCCUAUAGUUUGGUUAGAUGCUGCAACACAAAUAUUUUAUUCUCUUGGUGCUGGUUUCGGUUCACUAAUAGCUUUUGCUAGUUAUAAUCCAGUCAAGAAUAAAUGUGGAAGAGAUGCAGUUUGUGUAUCGCUAGUCAACUGUUGUACUUCGCUUUUUGCUGCUGUUGUUGUAUUUUCCGUGCUGGGUCAUAUGGCUACUACUAAAUAUGAUGCGUGUAUAAGUUCAGUUAAUGCAACGAUGGGCAUGGAAGCUGCUUUGAAUAAAUGCAAAAUUGCUGACUAUCUCAACUCGGUCGGUAGCGGUCCAGGUCUCGUAUUUAUUGUUUUUGCCGAUAUUGUUGCUGGCUUCUCUCCUCCACAAUUUUGGUCCAUAAUAUUUUAUUUCAUGUUGUUAACUCUUGGUAUUGACAGUAUUUUUGGUGCACUAGAAACAAUUCUUACAACCCUCUCCGACUCUUCAUACUUUAGAAAUGUUAGGAAAGAAAUUCUUGCAGGUGUAAUGUGCAUCGGUCUAUUUUUCUUUGGCUUCAUUUUCACACAACGCUCGGGUCUUUAUUUUGUGGAAGUCUUUGAUGCUAUGAGCCUACCGAUUCCGUUACUUGUUAUCGCAUUAUGUGAAGUAACCGGAAUUUUAUUUGCUUAUGGUAUGAAAAGAUUCUGUGAUGAUAUUGAGUACAUGACUGGAUCUCAGCCUAAUUGGUACUGGAAAGCUUGUUGGUAUUUUAUAACGCCAGUGUCAAUCAUUGCUGUUCUAAUUGCUACUGUCGUUAAGCUGGCUCAGACGACUUUAAAAUACAGUACCUGGUCUAGAGAAACGGCUACUGGAGGAUCAAUGCCGUAUCCAGGAUGGCUAACCGCAUUUAUGAUUUGCGUCAUAUUGCUACCAAUUUUCACAAUACCCGUAACAACGCUUAUCCACUAUUUUAAGGCGAGAAGGGAAAAUUCAGGGGGUAAGAAGGAAACAGUAAUAUAG